AUGUUUCGUUUCCCCCCAUUCCCUGGCGAACCGAACGACGAGACGUUAAGGGAAACUCAAAGAGAACAACCGCAAGUGGGGGCAGAGACUGUAGAAGAAAAUGAAAAGGAACAACCGUUAGUGGAGGUAGAAUUAAAUCAGCAAGAGCCUCCCAAUGAGCCGAUGCAGCGGCCACAUAGGGCUUCGUCUUUAUGGUUCUGGCACGAAAAAUGA